AUGUCGAAAAACAAUGAAUUGACUCCUCAUGAUAUUGAAUAUUAUGAUGAAAUGACAGUUCCUGAAAUCAACGAUUUCAUUCAGGCGCUUAUUCAAGAUUUACAAUUCGAAGCAGUCCCAAUAGCUCAAAAAGCUAUCAAAAAUAAGCAACAAAACGCAGAAAUAGAAGCAAAAGAAACUAUUGAAAAUAAUUUCAAGACUGAGUGUGUAGAAGCCAAAGAUUUAUAUGAAAUACAGUUAAAUGAUCUUGAAAAGCAAUACAAAGCAAAAGAAAUUCAAAUUCGCGAAAAAAUUGAUGAAGCAUUCAAGAAGAUGAAAGAAAUGCACAUCGAACAACUUGUUGAAAUUGAGAAGAAAUUUGCUGCAGCAAUAAUUAAAUCACAAGAAAAACCAGUAAAGGAACAACUCGAAAUCGAAGAACAAGCAAGAAGAAUUGCUCGUGAUGGUGAUAUAGAAAGUGCUAUUAAGUACAGAAAAAUGGCAGAAGAAACAAAAGUUAAAGUAUUGGACCAACGUAGAGAUGCUAUAGAAGCAAUGUAUAACGAGAAAAGAUUACAAGCCCGUCAAAGACAGCAAAAAGAACUUCAAAUUCUCCAAGAAAAAUUAAUCAAGAAACUGAAAGCAUUAGAAACAAGUAAGAAGGAAGAUUUAGUUGAAAGAGAGAAGGCGUUAAAUGUAUCUGUUCGUGCUGCAGAACAAAAGAGGGCAAAUAAAUUACAGAGUAUAGUUAAACCUCAUGACUAA